AAAAAAAAAAAAAAAAAAAGAAAGAAAGAAAAAGAAAAAGAAACGUCGGCAAAAGGACAACGAGGCUAGCGUGCAAAGUCGGGGAGAAAGCUACAUACCUAGGGAAGGAAACUGGUAUGGUUUUAUGGACAGGACGAGAGACUUCUCCGAGAAUACAUGACUUGUGUCACUAUCACGCAUUUUAUUAGCCUUAUGCACAAUGUGCUUAAUCUCCACCCGUCCUGUGACUUUUUACAGCCAGAAAAGCUUCUCCCCGCCAGGAAUAUCUUUUAGAAUUCCUGUUGGACGUGACCCCGACGUGAUUUACUCGCCGGGGUGACAAUAGGUAGCUAACGUUGAGGAUGGUCAGGGGUGAAGCUCAGACUGGGCUCGAAUAUAACGGCGGCGACUUUAACAACCAGAUACACAAUACGUCGACCACGACUUCAUGGGACUUGCCCCCCGAUAUCCACGCGAUCCCAAGUAACCAAUACGUUCUCUAUCCAGCCAAUCCUCUCAAUAACGUGGGAUUUGUCGACAAUUCGUGGAGCGUCUACGACGGUUUCGAAUCACCAUGGACACAGGAAUUGUGGCCUUCCCCCUCAGCUCCAUUCCCCACAAUGGAACCUGGGUAUCCUGGAUCUCCGUGGUUCCCUUCGCUGCAGAGCUCAAGUUCCUCAUUCCGGUCUCCAGCCAAUGGUUUUGACGAUAUGAAGCAAAGCGAUGAGCUAUUGCACCCCCGACAACCACAACGAGCAUCGCCAGAGUCUUUUUCAACUGUUCGCGCGCAGAGAUUCCCGUGUGGGUAUUGUCCGAAGACAUAUAAAAAGAGCAAUGGUCGAAACAGACAUGAAAAGCGCAAUCACGGUUGCGGUCCCAAACGCCCAGGUCGGCCGAGAAAGUCACAAAGGGCAUGAAACUGCUCUGGAGUAAAUAGGGAAGAUAUUAACCUGUAUGGGCGCCCUCAAGAAGGGUCUAAUCCAAUUUCAUUAAGCUUGCGUGCAUCUUGUUCAUUGCUCUUAGACUUGCCGGCAUCUGAUUAUAUAGCAAGGAUUUCUCAAUUUCUACACGGAUCACUACAGGAAUAACAACGUCCCAGUUGGAAGCUUU